AUGAUCACUAAUUCGUACGCAAUUGUCCAAAGUUGCUUUAAGAGGCCGUUACAAUUACAAAGAAGAUAUUUAUCUUUCUUGCCUUUAGUGGCAUCAGCAGUGGCCACUACUGGAGGAGUGUUUCUUGGGAAUAGUAUCAGGUUGGCGGAUCAACUUGAAAAUGAUGAGAUAGAUCAAAAUAUCACAAAAGGUGAGCGAGAAUUGAAGGAAAAUAAAACAGUGAAACCAAGGUUUGAAAGACCACCAAAGAAUUAUCCAAAUCACGUUCCAUUAUAUGCCUAUGAAAAGGUAGCAAUGUUCCUUUUUUCUUCAAUAGGUGCUCUUUUACAUCCAGAAAAGAACCAGUAUAUUGUGGCACUUGGAGAAAGUACUGCAAUUCCACCAUACUUGAGAUGGCUUCGCAAACAGAUGCUUGAGGAUGAAACAGGUAGACAAAUUUUAAAGGAUCGGCCAUAUAUUACUUCCGAAACAUUGCAUAUGGACAAAUUAAAGAAGUAUCCAGAGAAUAGUUUUGGAAAAGUGUACUAUGAAUGGUUAUUGAGAGAGAAUGUCUCGCCGGAUACCAGAGUCAAUGUGAAGUUUAUUGAUGACGAAGAAUUGGCAUUCGUAUUCCAAAGGUACAGACAGUGCCAUGAUUUUUACCAUGCACUAACUGGGCUCCCAAUUGCACGGGAAGGGGAAAUUGCUGUCAAAUUCUUUGAGUUCUUGAACAUUGGAAUACCAUUCGCCGGAAUGGGUGCACUAUUCGCUCCGUUAAACCUUAAAAAGCAUCAAAGAGAGCGUUUGUUGUCUGUUUAUUAUCCUUGGGCAAUUGAAACCGCCACUCACUGCAAGAAGAAUUUGAUCAACGUUUAUUGGGAAAAGAUUAUGGAUAAGGACGUCGACGAAUUACGUGCGGAUCUUGGAAUCACAAAACCUCCUGACAUGAGAAAAUUGAGAAAACUCGCAAAGGAGAGAAGGCAUGCUGCUAAAAAAUGA